UAUGCUGUCAGUUUUCUAAUAAAAAAAAGUAAAGUAGGCGAAUGUUUAUUUUCAUUUGAGAAGAGGAAUAAUUGUGAAAAAUUCAGUGUUCCAAGGAUGGUGGGACGGAAGAAGAAUGACGAAUUCGACAGACUAAACUAUCAGCUACAGAGAUUUGAUAAGAAAGUCAAGGCGUGGUGCCCAAUUUGUCAGAAACUCCUGGCCAAUACAUCGGCAAAGCGUCUCCGGAGUCACAGGAAUAAGUGCAAACUCGGUGGAAGUCAGACAAAUUCCCACGGGAACAUCGACGGGGACGAUGAAGCUGAGCAGAAAGUUUUCUCCAAAACACCAAAAUUCCAGGUGAUUAAUCUCCCGGCUUAUACAAAUGCCUCCCACAGUGAUGCGGACGUUGUGGAGGAGAUUGAGGUGGGAAAACGCGAAAUUGGGGAUUCAUUUGAAGUUUCCGGAUCAUCGCGGAAGCGACCAGCUGCGCGGAAUUUAUCAUCAGAUUCCAGCUCGUCGGACAGUGAGAGUGAUUCAGAACCAUCACCCAAGCGCAUUGCAUCACUAAUGAUGUCUCCGGAUCAACUGAGGAAGUUGACGAAGGAGAAGAAGAACAAGAAAAAGAAGAGGAGGAAGCGCGAAGAUCUCUCGGUGUCGGAAGUGACGGAGAUAACGCGUGCCCUGGCGGAUUUUAUCUUCGAAUGCAAUUUGUCAUUCAAUGUGGUGGAAUCGGAGGUAUUUAGGACAUUUGUGAAGGCCCUGGAGGAGGGAUAUGUGAAGAAGAUCCCCACAAGACGUGCCCUGUCGUCCACAUUGUUGGAUGAUGCGUACCAGCGGUGCAUCGAGAGGAGUGCCUGUACAGCUGAGAGUAUCCUCUUUGUCUACAGCUGCCGGAAUUUCCUGACAAAGGCCAAGAGUAUCAUGUGUACGUUGAGUAGCGUUGAGGGGGGGAGUGCCUUUGUGGAUACGCAGGAUUUCAAGGAAGACACCGAAGCGGGUGAUAAGCUGAUGGAGAUUGUGUGUGAGGCCACUGUGAAGGCGAACACACUGUACGGCACGAAUAUUUACUGCCUCAUGACGGAUAAUAGCCGGGAGAUGGCUCAACUGGGUGAAGCAGUCAAUGUGUGGCAUUGUGUCUGUUCGAGUCAUGUGGCCAAUCAACUGGCUGAUGGGCUCCUCAAUGCAGACUUCACGGAGAAGGUGGUGGAAUGUGUGAGAGAGUUCAAAACGCCGCAACUUGAGAAACGCAUCAUUGCCAAUGGAGGGAGGAAGUUGGAACUCCCGCGUGAUGGACGAUGCGGCUCCACACGCCUCACGUACGAAUGUCUCCGUGAAAAUCUCCCGCAUAUGAAAAUGAUUGCAGCAGAAGCAACGUGGCAGCCACCACGGGGACGUCACAGCAAUUGGCAACGUGCCACAACGCUCCUCUUCGAUGAAACCUUCGUGCAGGAGUUGGAAGCAAAUGUAGCCGUGCUGGAGAGCAUUGGGGAGCUUCUAGCGGUGUGUCAGAAGCGUCAGAGCUCCAUUGCGGACUCCGUGGAGGCAUGGUUGACGCUCGGAGAGAAAUUUCCCGCCAAUUCCCCGCAUAUGGCGGCAAUUUUCAAUCAUCACCGUGAGUUGGUUUUCAACAAGUACGCCCUGGCGGCAUUUGUGCUGCAUCCCUUUCACGACAAAGACCGCCUACCGCAGCAGUACGCCUCAAUUGCGCACCAUUUUCUGCUUGAGGAACUCAAUGCCGAUGGGUUGCAGCAACUCUAUGACUUUCAGCAUCAACGAGGACUCUUCCGGACUCUCUACACAAAGGGCUUCAAGCAAACAGACGGUCUUCUAUUUUGGAAUCUCGCCCGGAUGGACUACCCUGUGUUGGCUAACAUGGCAACGCGUCUCCUCCGGAUUCCCGCUUCAGCGGCAAAAAUCGUCACGGCAUUCGGGCAGAGUGGUGACAGUCAGCGUAUCCCCGUACGGAAUCGCCUCACGCCCGACAAGACACGCAAACUCAUGCACAUCCUCUAUGCGGCAAAGCUCAACAAGGGGCGCAAGAAGGACGAUGAGGAUGACGAAGAGCCCGAGGAUGAAGCUGAAGACAAUUGAAAAACAAAUUCUCCUCUUUCGAGAAAAUUGUAAUGAAAUAACAAAUAAAAUAAAAGAAAAAAAAAAAGUUAUAAAUAAAAGAAAA